AUGUCAUUUACAUCGACAAGCGCUGUUGGAGGAGCCAAUGGCCUCUUGGAAGUAUAUGUUAGUAGAGCUCGCGAUUUGCCAAAUCUGCGAAAACUGGACAAACAGAGCCCGUUUGUUCGACUACGAAUUUCCCAUAUGAUAGCCACGUCAGAAAUAGCAUUUCGGGGUGGUCAAACACCCAAGUUUGAUUUUUACUCGAAGUUUGAUCUUACACCAGACGUUAAACCUGCUUUAGUUGUUGAAUUGUUCGAUGAAAGAUCACCUCCCAAGCUAAUAGGUCAAUGCACGGUCGAUCUAACACCGGCUCUUUACAAAGAUCCAGAAGACGGACACGAUGAUUGGUUUGAUUUGCAUUUCGGGAAGGAAGAUGCUGGUCAGGUAUACAUCGAGUUGACAUUCCAUCCGCUAAUACCCACUUCAAGACUGCAAAAAAGAGAAUCUGACUACGCAAACAGUUUUGACGUAGCGAUUGAAGGUAGAUCGCCGCCUCCGCUUCCUUCCAAAGUACCGUCGUUUCAGUUGGAAAACGAAUCUAACUCGAUAUCGAGUAAUCGCUACUCGCAUGCAGCUGCAUCACGCGAUAGCUCCAUGGUGCUGAAUUCAGAAAGGCAUGCUGCCCCGCGAAGUCAAAGUCCUCGAGAUUCGUUGGCGUUCAAUUCGUCGGUAGCCUCGAAUGGGACUUUUAGCUCACAUGCCACUUCCACAUCUCAUGAAAGCCACGCUACGGUCAACACCGUGGGGACUAGUGGGACAGCUGGUACAGAGCCGCUGUUUGCCAAGCUCAAACAGUUGAAGGAGAAGUGGAAAUCAAUCAAAAAUCCAUCUUCAGAGCAACAGGAAAUUGAUACCGAGAACAAGCUGGAUCUGAAAGCUUUACAGAAAGUCGUGGGUGUCGAUCCGGAAGACUACAAUGAUGGUUACGAUGAUGCAAGUGUUGCGAGCCGAAGUCCUAGUCGGCAAAGGUACGAGUCCUCGAAGCUACAUACCCAACCACCACUUCCGAGACUUCCCGUAUCGCAUUCUCGAGGUACAAGUGUUGGAAGUGAUAUUUCGCAAAGAGCAGAUCGGUUUGCGUCCCAUUCCAGUCAAAGCUCUCCUCGUCUGCCGCCUUUGCCUUCCAGUCCGUUGUCGAGACCUGGAAUGAGAUCACGGAACGGGUCCAAUUCUCCCACGAGACGAAGGCCCCCACCACUAGGAUGA